GUCAGUGCCUCCGUCACAGAUUCAGGGCAGAGUGAGUGUAGUUUGCCGGUGGAUGGACCACCGAGCGAGACCCACAUCUACGAAGACGCUUUCAUUUUAACCUGCGUUGAAGACAAAAAGAACGGUCCACUUCCACUCCCAUUCCAUCUGACAGCACACAAUGGGGUGAUUGAGUUCCUUGCAUUUUUACCUAAUCAACCUGGUCAAGUCUGCGAGUCACACCUCUCCUCAUGUCAGAAGAUUCGGACUCCAAGCCCUAUUCAUACUUGGUCAUGGAGGGCCAGGACGGAGUUGCAGGCUGCAGGGCGUCCAACUCUUGCAGCUCUCUGCUCCGAGGGGCCUCGUCAUGCCCUAGCAUUGGUCAGCUUCACCGCAUGAGUGGCUACAGCCAAGGUGGACCCGACCUGGGCCUGCCCUCCGAGGGCAGCGACAGCAGCAGUCAGGGCCAACCCACUUCGCCGCAAAGCCACCGCAAGAACAACCGUACCCGCCUGCUGCCGGAGGAGGAUAUGGAGAUGAAGAGCAGCGGAUCCAGUGGCAGCGGAACUGAAUCGCACAGCAACGAGAGCCAUGGCAAUGAGAGUCACGGCAAUGAGAGCAAUGGCUUAGAGUCAGUCGGAAGCUCCAAUGGGAACAGUAAAGACUCAGCCUUGCUGGAAUCUUCAGGGAGCAAUAAGAGCUCAAACUCCCACAGUCCUUCUCCGCCCAGCAGUUCCAAUGCCUUUAGUCUGCUGAGCUCGGAACAGGACAAUCCUUCAACCAGCGGAUGCAGCAGUCAAGAGUCUGCCAAAGCAAAGACCCAGAAGGAACUGAUAAAAACUUUGAAAGACCUGAAGCUUCAUCUCCCUGCUGAGAAGCGCCUCAACAACAAGUCGACCACGCUGAGCACCCUUAAAUAUGCCCUGCGCUGUGUCAAGCAGGUGGAAGCCAAUGAAGAGUACUACCAGCUGCUGAUGAUCAAUGACAGCCAGCCUUCAGGACUGGAUGUCUCCUCUUACACCAUAGAAGAGAUCGACACCAUCACUUCUGAAUAUACCCUGAAAAACACUGACAUUUUCGCCGUCGCAGUGUCUCUAAUCACAGGAAGAAUCGUGUACAUAUCAGACCAGGCCGCCUCCAUCCUCAACUGUGAGAGGGAGGUGUUCAAAAACGCCAAGUUUGUGGAGUUUUUGAUUCCACAGGAUGUUAGCGUAUUCUACAGCUUCACAACUCCAUAUCGACUGCCCUCGUGGAGCAUGUGCACUGGUGCAGAGUCAUCGCCACCUGACUGCAUGCAGGAGAAGUCCUUCUUCUGUCGAAUCAGUGGCGGGAAGGAGCGGGAAGGAGACCUGCAGUACUAUCCUUUCAGAAUGACGCCUUAUUUGAUGAAGGUCCAGGUCACUGUUCAUGCCGAGGACCAGUUCUGCUGCCUGCUGCUGGCUGAGAGAGUCCACUCCGGUUAUGAUGCUCCAAGGAUUCCGACAGACAAGCGAGUCUUCACCACUACACACACUCCGAGCUGUGUGUUCCAGGAUGUGGAUGAACGGGCGGUUCCUCUGCUUGGUUACCUCCCACAGGAUCUAAUCGGCACCCCGGUCCUUCUCCACUUGCAUCCCAAUGACCGGCCGAUCAUGCUGGCCAUUCACAGGAAGAUCCUUCAGUGUGCAGGCCAGCCAUUCGAUCACUCCUCCAUCCGAUUCUGUGCUCGAAACGGUGAAUACAUCAUCCUUGAUACCAGCUGGUCCAGUUUUGUCAACCCUUGGAGCCGUAAAGUUUCUUUCGUCAUCGGCAGACACAAAGUGCGGAUGGGCCCUGUGAACGAGGAUGUUUUCGUGCCACGGGCGUCCACUGUGGCAGAUACGAAGACGGCAGACUCCGACAUCCAGGAGAUCACGGAGCAGAUCCACAGGAUGCUGCUUCAGCCGGUGCACAGCGGCAACUCCAGUGGUUAUGGGAGCUUCAGCAGCAACGACCACCUGCUUGGUAUGACCUCCUCCAGUGACAGCCUCAAUGCAGACGGUAGAAGCACAGCCUUGGGACAAAAGGAGGAUGAGAGCAGUAAAGCCAGGCCACGAACCUUCCAGGAAAUCUGUAAGGGGAUCCAAAUCCAGAAGAGCCAAGAGCAGCAGAACAUCAAAGCCGACAGCAAGAAACUUAAUGGCAUAGAGUCCGGACAGAAGAGUCCACCGGUGGUGCGACCCAAACAGUCAUCCGCUCACCUGAACUGGAAGGACGCUGAAGCCACGGCAGAUUACAGCAGGUCGUCCUUCCAGGAGGAGCUGGCAGUCAAUGAUCAGGCUGUGUACUCGUACCAGCAGAUCAGCUGCCUGGACAGCGUCAUCAGGUACCUGGAGAACUGCAACGUUCCCAUCGGCUUAAAGAGGAAGUGCCAGUCGUCAUGUCACACAGCCUCCUCCAACUCGGAUGAGGACAAGCAGCGAGACUCCAACAGCAUGCAGGUGUCUGAAGAACCGGCGUUGUUGAAGGAUCAGACUUGUCUGUCCACACUAGAUGAUCCGGAUAAAAAGGCCAGUGAUGCAGCCACAGCAGUGGUGGGCACGUCCUUGCCCUUACCGCUUCCAAACAAGCCUGAAAGUGUAGUGUCUAUAACCAGCCAGUGCAGCUACAGCAGCACCAUAGUGCAUGUUGGUGACAAGAAGCCUCAGCCCGAGUCAGAGAUCGUGGAAGAUGUCUCUGGUGCUGGAGAGACUGUUGAAUCCAGCCAGAACACCAGCGUUCCACCUUGUGCUUUGACACCUCCCAGUCAGGAGAGGGAGUCAUACAAGAAGCUGGGACUGACCAAGCAGAUCCUGGCAGCCCACACGCAAAAGGAGGAGCAGGCCUUUCUCUUUCGUUUCAGAGAGCUCCGAGGCCUCUCUGCACUUAAAGCAAACUGUUCCCAGUACCUCGACCGCCGCAGGGAGAAGAUCGUCUCCGAUGCUGCUCCUGCUGCCCGACCCUCGAGGCAAAGUGGUCCGGCUCCAGAAUCCACAGCUCGCCGGGGUGGUCGGAAUAGGAAGACAAAGUUAAAAAGACAGAAGCAGUCGGAGUCCUCAGACAGCACCACGUCCCACCAGAGACACCAACAGACAAGACCUCCUCUCAACCACGGCCUCAACCCGACCUCGUGGUCGCCGUCUGAGGCUUCUCAGUCCGCGUUCCCCAUGGCGUACCCUGCUGUGAUGCCGGGGUACCCUUUGCCCGUCUACCCUGGAGCUGGCUCCUUGCCUACACAUCCAGAUGCUCCCCGUUUCGCCGAUAACCAAGCUGCCCAUGUUCCCACCUGCCUACCAGCCAUCCAUCCAGCCACCUAUUCCGCCCCCAUGGUGACCCCCCUGGUGGCUUGGGUACUGCCCAACUACAUGUAUCCUCCAUUGGCCCCCGGACUCAAUUUUGGGUUUCCAGCUCAAACCCAGUUUGCACCCACUGCCUUCCCAGGCCAGGGCGCCAUCCCAGGACCUCCUAUGUUGAAUGUGCAGAACCAGUUUGUCCCGCAGAAACCAUUUGUGCCUCCUGGAGGCGCCAUGACUCCGUCAGUCCACUGCCGUCCGUCGUCGGAAACUCCGAAAGCCAACAUAGAGGGCCAGUCGCGUUCUUCAACGCCUCAGUCUGGAGGACGUGCGGCUCAGGCGUCGCCUCCACUUUUCCAGUCGCGCUGCAGCUCACCUUUGAACCUGCUGGAACUGGAGCUCUCGGUGGACAGACAGGACAGCACAGCGAUGCCUUCAGGAGGACAAGGGAACUCCACGGCUGAGAGGGAGAAUGCAGCAAGUGUCAAAGACCGAGACAUGGAACAGCCGUCUCUCACUCUACCUGGUCCAUCUGGACCGAUGUAUUUCGUGGGCAUGUCCAGUGCCUGUGAGCCUUUGUCUUGGAAUAACGAGUUCUCUAGGCUGAGUGCUUGCAGCACACAGGUGAGCUGUGGCGGUGACGCGAACAACAGUGACGCAAACUCCUUAUCCAGCGAUAUGUUGGACAUAUUACUGCAAGAGGACUCGUACUCCGGGACGGGCUCGGCCACUUCAGGCUCCAUGGGCUCCGGGUCCAACGGUUGUGGCACCUCAGGCAGCGGGAAGUCAAAAAGCACGACGUCAGCCAGCGGAACCUCACAAAGCGCCACGUCUGGGAGUGGAUCAGGGAGUAACAACAGCAGUAACUAUUUCGGCAGCGUGGACUCGUCACAGAACAGCCAGAAGGUCAAGGGGCACAUGAGCAACAGCAGGUCCGCAGAGACGGAGCCAGGCGACAACUUCAGCAAGUAUCCGCGGCAGGAUCCAAUGUGGCUCCUAAUGGCCAACACAGAUGACAAGCUCAUGAUGACAUACCAGCUGCCCACGCGGGACAUGCAGAAGGUUCUCAGGGAGGAUCGGGAAAAGUUGCGUCUGCUGCAAAAGAACCAGCCGCGUUUCACCGAGGAGCAGAAAAAUGAGGUGAUCGAGGUCCACCCCUGGAUCAAGAAGGGAGGUCUGCUCAAGGUGGUGGACGUGAAGAUGUGCUCCUGCUGUGACAGCGCAGCCGAGGCGCCGGAGCUGAUGCCAACUGGGGACCACCUGGACCUGGACAUUGCUGACGCCGAAGCUGAGGAGAGCAGCUGCCAGCCGCUUCUCAGAUCAGACUCCUCCAGUACAGUUAUGAUCUCCUGCCACGGUCCUCUUCCCUCCAGUUCCUUUCAGCAACCGACGAGACAAUGACUUCUCACUCGCCAACACUCUUAUUUGUGGCUUUCUCUCUUCUUAUUUCAUUUCUCUUAGUGCAGCUUCAAUGAGAAUCUAGACUAAAAGGAAAAAGUGUAGGGUGGAUCCAUGAAGCUAUGUGAGGGCCAAGCCACCAGAGGUGACCGCACUUGUGUGCAUGUCCUCGUCCCUCUGCCACUGACACCUCCUUAAUGGUAGCGUAUUGAAAACCUUUGCACAACGGCACUUUGUAGGCUGCACUGGAAGUAUGGUACAAAUGGUGACAUUGCUGUUAACUGCUCUAAGAGCCUUAACUUAUUCCCUUUGUUGCUCUAUUGAGGAAAUGAAGGCCACCUGGAAGAAGGUGCCUGGACACACAAUCACUAUAUCACAGAAAGGAGAAGUCUCUGGCACUGUAGAUUUGGGAAUAGACAUGAAAGGUGGGUGCAAGUCGACACAAAGAUUGUGCAGCCAUCAUUGGAAAUGCCCCACUUCUUAUUACUCCAUUGAAGAUUUGGAUACUUGAAGUAACUUCUCAGACUUUUAUUUUGGGCCGAGUCAUUGCAACGUGUGUCACCUGUUACGCACAAGCAGAAGGUUCUGAAGCUCCAUCAUUUCAAUUUGUUUUUAUUCCAUACAAAACAUUCGUUGCUUAAUAUUUAACUUUAUUUUUAAAGGGUCCAUCGGCUACCUUACGUCAAAGUUCUUAUUAAUUAAAACAUUUGUAAGCGAGUAAGUUGUGUAUUUAUUGUGGGGUUUUGUGAACGCUUGUGCAUUGCUUUCUAGUGAAAAUACUGUGUUGCCAGGCACAUUGUUGUUUUGCAACGUCGUGGUACAAUUUCACACAUCAGAACUGUGAAUUUGUUAAAUAUUUAUACUGCUCCAGUUAUAAACUGUUGCCAACAGCCGUGUGAAGAUUCAUUCAUUUUCCUUAAGAGACGCAAGUCGCAUAAUUGAUGCAAAAGCUACUGUUAAACGUCACAAGACUGUUGAGUUGGUCGUACAACUUUUUAUGUCAAAUCUGCAAACAUUAUUUUACUUUUUUUUCUGUCGUAGGUCAAUUUCAAUUGUGUUCUAGUAGCAACGCUCAUCGUCAGUCUCUUGUAAAUUUGUCCUGAAGCUCGUGGGAAAGCCAAGUCGCACAAUUCUUUUCCGAUUCCCUCAGUUUAUAAUAAAAGUGAUUUAUCUCGCUGUUUGUACGGAUGUGGAAAGUUGUGAAAAGUUCGGCUCCUUGUUUGAAGCACCAAGUGCGUCACAUCACACUUGAAAUUGUCCCCCAAUUUUGCCUCGGCACGUCAUGAGUGAUCAAUAUGGGAAACGUCAGGAGCGGAUUUUAGGGUUAUUGCACCAUUAUAAAGCAACUGACACUAGAACCUGAAGUUUGUUCGUUUGGAACAGUGAGCGGCAACUACGCGCAUCCCUUGAACGCGUCUCGUUCCUUUUUUAUAUAUUUUUGAUCUGACGCGUUUGUCCGAUUUCAACUUUUUUUUUUUGGGGUUAUUUUAUUUUGUUGUAAUAAAACAGA